AGUCGGCCUUCAAAAAGCAUACCACCUUCUCCAGCAACGUCGGUAUUGCCGAAGACGACUACAAAGGUGUCGGGGAAGGAGUCUGUUGCGCUACAAAUUCCAAUUUGUGGAAUCCUGGCAGGGGGUGACCGAUGGAGUCUGCACCAGGUUUAUGCUUCAAUGUCGACAAACCACUGCCCAUUUGUCGUCAUUAGGGGAAGCGGUGGUGCAGCCGCAGUUAUCAGCAACGUGGUGGACCUAAACAAUUUCAUUGCAAAUCUCGGCGAGGACAUGCCAGACGAUGAAAUCAACUACAAUCUCCUUCCCUAUCAUAUUUCUGUCCCAAAGCAGAGAAUAUUCAAUCUGAGUAUUCCUAGGAUUGCGAGUAUUCUAAAAGAGACCGACGAGCACGACCUGGGAGCCUUCUACUUGCGCGAAAAGAAGCCUGUUGAAUCAUCCAUUGUAAAGAAUGACCGAAUUAAUGGAGCUGAUGUAAGUCCACGGACCUCGCGUCGAUCUUCAAGGGUCUCUUUCAAACUACCCAGUCCUCAGAUGCAUCACCCUUCCGAAAUCACAACACUCAAUCUAGCUGACUACAUGGAUGAGGUGUUGAUCCUGCGCAAAAUGGUGGAAGAGUUCAAUCAUCUCGUGUCUGUUUUUGACUGCGAUGAUACCGACAUGGAUGGCUACGUGAUCUCGGCCCUCCUUAGUAGCGCUGGCUUGGAGACUCCAUUGAGUGUACUAAAUACAGAACAGUUGGAAGUAACUAUUCGUCUAAAUCGGGCUGAUAUAGCCAAAGAAAAGAUAUUCACGGAAGGUCGCCAUUGGAAGCGGCACGGAUUGGAUAGCUUUAUGUUUGAAGCCAUACUGAAUGACCAAGAGGCAUUUGUGAGUUUGCUGCUGGAAAAUGGGUUUGAUUUGGAGGCCUUCUUGACUGUCCAUACUUUGGAGAAGCUGUACACAGCCGGAGUAAUGAAGAAAGACUCAAAACUCGAAACAGUGCGACGAAUAUGGGAAACAUGUCGCAUUUAUAAGAUGGAAUGGGUAAUGCUGCGUGAUAUCGGGCGUAUGGUCAAGCACCUUCUUGGAGAGUUCUACCGCCCAUACUACUUGAGCAAGCACUUCCGUAAAAUGAUCAAGAGGGCGAUUGCUCGGCAAGAGGCAGAGGAAAAAGAGGUACCCAUCACUGAAAACCCAUGGAUAAGCAAAAAGAGCUCGUACUUUGCACCACUAAGUCCACGUCCUGAUAAGCACCGGAAGCAUCCACAAGCGGUGAAAUUGGCACCACCAUCACCACUACCGUUGGCAACGGUGGCUCCAGCAUCAACAGAGCUUGUGAAUGGCACUACCAUUUUCCCUUCUGACAUUAAUGUAAAUUGUCAGUCUCCAAGGCAAAGACCAUCAGGGUUUUGCGUGCGAGGAAAAGGCAAAUGUAGAAGAGUUGGGGUUGUCGUUCCGUUAGAAAAUGACCGCACAUCUGUACAGUUGCGACGAUAUGGUGAUGGUGAUGCUUACAGAGGGGCUGCUCGACGUUUCGUCAACACCAGUGACAGGAAACUGAUCACCAAUAGCAAAAGUAUUUGGUCAAUGGCCCCGAUUUUUGAGGGGGAAGACUUCGAUGUGACGUCUCGAUCCAAUAACAAGUACAAAGAUUCUGGAAAAAGGUUAAGAGGUCACAUGGAUAUAGCGUCUCAGCACUCGGAAUCGAAGUUGUCUGACCUGAGCGAGAAAGCGUCAGCGGAGCCCAAAAAUGCACCGUUAUCCAAGAUGCUGGUGGAUGAAAAAGCAGUAAAGGUGGAGAAAAACAUGGAUAGAGAGAGGGAAGGCAAAUUUCAGUCAAGCACUGCAGACCCUCUCUCAACGACCUCUAUGGACGAUACGUUGUUAGCGCUACGCAAGUCGAGUUUAGCAGGGCGACAUCGCGGCCACCACCGCAUGACCUUCUCGAAGCUCUCCGCCGCCGAUCGCUCGCGCCUCAUUUCCGCAGAGGCACGCCGACGUGAGGCAGCGAAGGCAGAGGAGCGUGAACGCAAACGGCGCCAUCGUCUAGCUCAGGAUAAGCGAACCCUCUACGAACGCAUUCGUGGCAUCAACAACCAACGUAGGGCCAUCAGAAUGGAGCAGUGCGUUCCCGAGAAACUGGCCACUCAGUUCUUAUGUGAAAAUUUCCUGACUAGUCUUAAAUCAACUAACUGCAAAGGAAAACACCGACUGUACACUGUACGCCGUUUCAGGAUAUUUGAGAGCAAAGCAGAGGAGGUGCUGGAGGCGUGCUACGCGGAAGAUAACCUGCGAGCGAGAAUGUUGCUCUACCGCAAGUUGCAGGAAUACGGCCACAGCGCAGUGAUUCGUCUAGCAGCCCGGGGCGGAUGCAUACAUUUCAUGUCUCACCCCUGUUGCCAGGACUUCCUUUCCGAAGUUUGGAUGGGCAAGCUCUCAUCUAAAACCACUACUUUUCAACUUCUAUGCGGUGCUGUGUUCGGUUUGGUCUUCCCUUUCAUCCUUCCUCAAGUAAUGACAUACUCGCGCAACGACACGCAGAAUUCACCUUUGAGCAUAAACGAGUCCAGCUCGAGUGACACUGAGACUGCGGAUGACAGUAAAGGCGAUGCAGCGUUUCCAGUUCAUCCCAAACAUCCGGAGGAUAGGAGGAGGCAUAAACAUCCACCAUCACUGUUGGAGGCGCCUCGACACUGGCUUAAUCAACAGAUGAAGGACAUCACACACUACUAUCAUGCUCCUGUCACGCGAUUCCUCUACAAUACCAUAUUCUACGUUGCGUUCCUAAUUCUGUUCAGUAACAUGAUUCUUCAAAACCUAAGAAUAUCCUACUCGGUUCAAGAGGGCCUCAUCUUUGCCAUGGUUUUGGCUUUGUUGCUGGAAGAACUAAAGCAAGCAUUCGGUCCUGGUGCCAGUUUGAAGGAAUAUUUGAGCGAUGGAUGGAACAAGCUUGACUGUGCCGCUAUUGCCCUUUAUCUCGGUGGGUUCGUGCUCCGCACUUUGGCUUACUUGCACAUACGCAACGUUGACAUUGUGGAAGCCAAAAGACAGGCCAAUCGAGGCAAUGUGACCUGCUCGCCAGUGAGUUCUUUCCUAGACAUGCCAUAUAAAUGCUGUGGCUUUCGUGAAAAUUUGAGGGGUCUGAUCUACUGGGACUCUAAUUCGAGGGCGGUAGAGCAAACAACUCGGCUAUUUCCUCGGUCGCCGCCCUCGGUUUCGGUUGACUGGAUCAACAGGUGUGCGGAAGAGCUGACCGUUGACCAUCCCUACUUCCUCCUCGUCGAAGAGCGAUUCACCCUCGCUCGCAUCAUGUUUGCUCUCAGCCUCUUUGCCUUUUUCGUCCGCCUGAUGUACAUCUUCAGUUUUAGCAUUGUUCUUGGUCCAAAACUUAUCAUGAUCAAUCGUAUGGUAGUAAACGAUCUUCUGCCGUUUUUGCUACUCUUAGUAGUGAUUCAGGCCGGGUACGGUGUAUCGUCCUUUGCUAUUUCUUAUCCUAAUGGCUAUUACACUCACUAUUCCCAGGAGACACUAUUACCGAAUAUGACGAUGAAACGUAUGACUGCAGGAAAAAUCGUUUAUGAGUUCUUUAUGACAGCCUAUUUUCAAAUGCUAGGCAACUUCGGAUUGGAUAUUCUUGAGGGUGAAGAUAGCGGAUGCAGAGAUGACAAUUUAUGUCCACAAUUUUCGUCAAGGAAAUUAUCCAUCGUCAGUCUAAGCUCCUUCAUACUGCUGACGCAACUUCUGAUGCUAAAUCUUCUUGUUGCAACGUUUACAUCUACCUAUUUCGAAAUAGAGGGAUCUUCAACAUACUUCUGGAGUUACCAGCGCUAUGAGAUGAUUCAGGAAUGCGUGGACCGCCCCUCUGUUGCACCACCUUUCACACUACUCUGGUACGCUGGAGAAAUCGUAUAUGCAGCCAUCCAACGCCUUCUGGGUCUCUGCUCGGGGCUGGACGACUUUGAGCCAGAGAUUGCCGACGAUCCUUUCUGUAGGAAUUUCAGUGGGAACUAUUCGCUGGAAUCAAAACUAAUGAAGUGGGAGUUCCUAAAGGCGCAGAAUGUGCUGCGCUCGCAAAUGGAUUCCGAGCUGCCGGUGUCACGACGGAGCGAGGCAUCGCGGUCAACCAUUAUCACAACGCGUGGUUCAAAGGGCGUCGCCGGAGGUAUUAGUACUAGGAGCGGUGUGGGCGUCACUCCGGUGGUUGCUGGAGAGAAGCGUACCAGUGCAUUGCUUGGGGACCGUCUCCUCGAGGAUGUGCCUUCUAUCUUCGGCCCCGAAUCCGACUUUGUUGAAGAGAAGUUCUACACGCUUAGCUCACAGAUCGAGAAAAUCUCUAACUUUGAGGACCGCUUGGAUCGCAUUGUUGGUAUGAUGAAACGCAUCACUGUGAGUUUGAAAAAGCUUCAGAGAAGUCAAAAUCAGGUAAAUGUUGAGUUUACAUUAAUUUUUGUUUGCAUUAACCAAAAGUACUCGCUCGCUCUAGAAAAAUAUCGAAAUUUUGUUAGCAAAUCAAAACGUUGCCCUGGUUUCGUGUUAAUGACGGGUUUAUUUCAUCAUGCCGAUUUAACUUGUGCCCAACUCCUUCACUAUCUGAGGUACGCACUGCAGCAUGUCUCAUCAAAAAAGCCAGUCUGUACCAGCUUGCAUAACAUGUUUUGUCUCACUUUAUACCUCCAGACCAUUAGCUUUCUCGAUGACUCAAGAGGGGGACGGUUGGUCGGUUCUCGGAAGAGCAGCAGUCCAAGGCAGCAAUCCACUUCCAAUGGCAUCAGCAGUGCAAUAAAAGAAGCAGUCGAAGGCCUUUUUACUCACUGUCAGGAUAUUGAGGAGAAGUUAAAGGAAAAACUGCGCAUUGAGAGCCUUUGUGUGAAGGCUGUGCUGACCAAUGCCGACCCCUCAGAAAUACCAAUUGACAGGGUGGCAAUACCAUCAUCACAAACCGGUCCACCGUCUCGACGGCCUGGAAUGAUGCCGCCGAGGGCAAACAUUUACGAACGUGUCAUCGCCAGUCACCGCCUCUGGCGCCUCAUCCCUUUCAACUUCGAGCGGCGCCCUGGCAUGCGAGUGAACAUCCCCGACGGCGCAGUGGACUGGAAAAUUCCUUAUCCAGAGUACAGACCUUUCAUCGCGAAUACAGAAAGAAUAGCCUAUCCAUAUCCCGGGAUUGAGGACGGCCCUCAAGACAGUGAUCCAACAAAAUUGGAUUACAACACCUACGAUGCACUUCAGGGUGUGUCGCGCUGCUGUCUGAAGGGCCGGGUGCGUGUGUCACGUGGGCUUUUAGAACCUCACGGUCUCCCUCUCAAUCCACGAGGUCGUUCGGGCCUGGGUGGAAAGGGCAUGCUGCCACAUUGGGGACCCAACCAUGUCAUCGUGCUCGCUUUUACUCGAGCAGGACGAGCUCCAAACGACUUUCAGGUGGCAGUUCUUGACAGACAUCAAUGUUCCUGCCUCCCUUGGGCAUACCACCGAGAAUCGUGCGACUUUCGUAGCUGUUCUGCUAAAGUUAUGCGCGACUUUCUGCUUCGUAGAACCAAUACUCUUUUUAGCAAUGCUGGUCCUGAACUUGAUACAGUCAAAGCUAUGCUGAUCACUUCGAUUGAUGAAAUGGAAAUGACUCUGGCAUGUUUUGCUUUUGUCUGUCCUCUUGGUAUAAUUAUCCAGAUUAGUGACGACUUCUUGGAUGACCAUUUGAAUGCGGAUCACGCUUGGAUUGAAGCGGUGUGCGUUAACUUCCAUUGCAAAGAUCACGCUCCCUUUCACAAAGACGCAACAAAGCUUUUUAUAGAAGAUACAGCGAUCGAAUCAGCGCGUUGGUUCGACUUUAAGGGAUCCAUUAACCUCCGACCCAGCCAUGAAUCGCUUUUGAUCAAGCUGCUGCAACAUCAUGGCAAAAUAUAG